AUGGAAAACCAGCAAGAUGUCGACCAGACAAAGUACAUCGACAAUGCCAUCCGCGCCGUGCGGGAGAAGAAGCCUCUCCCCGAGAUUGACUUUACCCUCCAUACCAUGGAAGAUGGCAGCCAAGUGAGCACUCAGGAACGUGUCUGCAAAGACGUGCAAGCACCCGCCUUCCACCCGCCCACCGACGAGCAAUUCUUCUCACCGCAAGAUCGCACCAAGCCCAAUAUCCAGUUCCUCAAGCAGCACUUUUACCGUGAAGGUCGCUUGACCGAACAGCAGGCGCUAUGGAUCAUAAAGAAGGGCACAGAGAUUCUAAAGUCGGAGCCCAACAUGUUGGAAAUGGACGCUCCCAUCACUGUCUGUGGCGAUGUCCACGGCCAGUACUACGAUCUCAUGAAGCUCUUCGAAGUCGGUGGCGACCCAGCGGAGACGCGCUACUUGUUCUUGGGCGACUAUGUUGAUCGUGGAUACUUCAGUAUAGAGUGUGUUUUGUACCUAUGGUCCCUCAAGAUUUGGUACCCCAACACCCUUUGGCUCCUCCGAGGAAACCACGAGUGCCGUCACUUGACCGAUUAUUUCACCUUUAAGCUCGAAUGCAAGCACAAGUACUCCGAGGCCGUAUACGAAGCAUGCAUGGACUCUUUCUGCGCAUUGCCUCUGGCUGCAGUCAUGAACAAGCAGUUUUUGUGUAUACACGGUGGAUUGAGCCCUGAACUUCACACUUUGGACGACCUGAAGACUAUUGACCGCUUCCGGGAGCCGCCAACGCAUGGUCUCAUGUGCGAUAUUCUGUGGGCUGACCCACUCGAGGAAUUUGGCCAAGAGAAGACCAACGACUUCUUUGUUCACAACCACGUUCGUGGUUGCUCAUACUUCUUCUCGUACCCUGCUGCCUGCGCUUUCCUCGAGAAGAACAAUCUUUUGUCUAUUAUCCGUGCGCACGAGGCCCAGGAUGCUGGCUACCGAAUGUACAGGAAGACACGGACGACUGGUUUCCCCAGUGUCAUGACAAUCUUCAGCGCACCCAACUAUCUGGAUGUGUACAACAACAAGGCUGCCGUACUCAAGUAUGAGAACAAUGUCAUGAACAUUCGGCAAUUCAACUGCACACCUCACCCGUACUGGUUGCCCAAUUUCAUGGACGUUUUCACAUGGUCAUUGCCAUUCGUUGGAGAGAAGAUCACUGACAUGCUCAUUGCUAUCUUGAACACGUGCUCCAAGGAGGAGCUCGAAGAGGAGACACCCAGCUCCUUGGCUUCCGGACCAUCUUCGCCUCCUCUCUCGAGUCUAGAUCCAGAAUCGACCGAAUUCAAGCGUCGUGCCAUCAAGAACAAGAUUCUGGCUAUUGGUCGCCUCUCUCGAGUAUUCCAAGUGUUGCGUGAGGAGUCUGAGCGUGUUACAGAGUUGAAGACCGCUUCAGGAGGUCGACUCCCGGCUGGCACUCUGAUGCUUGGCGCAGAAGGAAUUAAGCAGGCAAUCCACAGCUUCGAGGACGCGCGCAAGGUCGAUCUGCAGAACGAAAGACUCCCACCAAGCCACGAGGAAGUACGCAAAUCUCAGGAAGUCAGCCGAGAGCAAGCUCUUGAGAAGGCAACCAAGGAGGCAGACAACGAUCAGGGCCUGGCCACUGUGGCAAGGCGCAUUAGCAUGUAA